GUGGAUCCCACUCUCUCGCUCCUUUAAAAUCGAGUAAACCGUCAUUCCCUUCCGAAUUCCGGCGGUGGAGACAGGAGACCACCACACCCGACACCACGAGGUUCGAUGUGGCAGAUGAAACCACCGCCUCUAAGAAAUUUGAGCAGAGAAUCUCCGAAUUCAAUGGCUCUACUUCCAGCAGCUUCAGCUGCUUAUUCCCGGAAGUUCGACCACAGCCUCCCGUCUUUCAGACCUGGAAUUCCUCGCUUUUCUUCCGCCCAAAAAAUCGCAAAGAUUGUCGCUAUGGCACCCAAGAGAAAGGUGAAUAGAUAUGAUGAGAACUGGCAGAAACAAUGGUACGGGGCUGGGAUAUUUGCUGAAGGAAGCGAAGAAGUGAAAGUUGACAUAGUCAAGAAGCUGGAGAAGAAGAAGGUUCUGAGCAACGUGGAGAAGGCCGGAUUGCUGUCCAAGGCCGAGGAAUUAGGGUUUACUCUGUCUUCCAUCGAGAGAUUGGGGGUUUUGUCCAAGGCAGAGGAGUUUGGCUUGUUGAGCUUGAUUGAGAAAGCGGCGAGCUUCUCUCCGGCGACGUUAGCAUCGGUGGCGUUGUUAUUCUUUGUCGCGGCGAUAGCUGCAGUCGUUUUGUUACCCGAUGAUUCGGCGGCUCUGGUCGCGGUGCAGGCCGCGGUUGCGGGUGUGCUUGGUGUGGGCGCGGUGGGUUUUUAUGUCGGGUCGAUCGUAUUGGAUGGAUUGCAAGAGUCGGAUUAGGUGGCUUUUUGUCGGGUCAUCGACUCAUCGGAAUACGCGAAUCAAUGCAUUUCGUUUCUUUGUAGACCGAAGUUUGGAUCGAUACAUUCUGUAACAAAUGCUGUUACACCAAGCUCGAGCAGUUGAGCUUUUCUGUUUGGGUAAAAUUAACAUAUUUCUUUAUUUCGGCCAGCGCAGCCGCAAACAAUUUCUACAAGAGUAGCCCUCUAUCCCCCGUAUUCACAAUAGGUAUUAUGGAAUUAUGGUUUUCACGUCUUAGAAAAUUU